AUCUUGUUGGCAACGCGAAGACCGAGAUUUUGUGGAGGAAUUUCCCGUAUCUUUGUGCAAGUUUAGUUUGAGAACGGCCGCUAAAACAAAUUGUGGUCUUUAUGUGCGGGUUUCCCAAAGUUUCGGACAUAGUUGUGCGCUUUUGACGUCGUCAACAUGGCCAAGAAAAUACCGUUUAAUGUGGUGUUCGCCUCAGACGAAGAUGUCAACUUUCCAGCAAGCGAGCUUAAUAAUCACGGACCUACUGUUCACGGAUGGCGAAGUGCUCCGGACAGCAGCCUUACCUCACAUGACAUAAUCCUCCGUUUCCAGCAGCCGGCCAAGAUAUAUCGUAUACAGCUUCUGGCCCACCAGUAUCUCAUCCCUGAGAAAGUGGAGCUUUGGCUGCACUACUCGCCUAAAUCCCUGCCAAGCACACCAUCCUCCCAGUACUUUGAUUUCCUGGGCUUCGUUGCCCUCGCGGAUAAUGCAAACACCAACUACAAAUCCCGGGAGCUACAGAGCGUCACCGUGUGUCCCCGACGGGGCACCCACCUUAAGUUGCGUCUGAUUGGCGUACAGCCCAACGACUUUAAUGCCACGGGUCAGAUCUCCUUGCUCGCGGUAAAUGUCCUGGGCGAGGACCUGGAAGUGGGUCCAAGUAAUGGCAAUGGCGAUGAGCAUUUGGGCAACGAGUCCUCUCCACCUCUGGACACAGCCACCGGAGAACUGGCACUGGCCUCCAUUUGCGACGACUUACUCUUCUCUAUGUACGUGGAGGAGUCUAUCGUGCAGUCCAUCCGUGAGCUGGAGCAGCGCAAGGUUUUGGCCGUUAACGCUGAGCGGUUCGAGUAUGCCCGCAAACUAAAGCUCUGCAUGACGGCUUUGAGGAGCGCCGGUGAGCGUUUGGGACGCUAUGCACUCGCCAAACGCCAGGCUGUCCAGCAGGAGGACUUCACCACGGCGCGACUGCGGAAAGAACAGAUCGAGAUGUACCGAGCGGCGGUACUGCGUCAAUUACAAGUCCAUCAGCUGCUGGAACCGCAGGGUGUGCCACUCAGUUCCAAUGACCAGAGUUGCGAGAUCUAUGCGGGCGGGAAACCCAGUCUGCCGGCGGCUCCUAGUCUGCAGGAUGUGGCCCAGGCACUUGCAGAAGCUGCCUUCAGUCCCAAGAGCAUGACGAGUCUCAGUUUGGACGACAAGUCCUCUACGGAUGGCUCCCAGGGACAGCCCGGAAAUGAUAAUAUGGUGGCGACUCCUGCUCCCGCUCCUGCGCCAACUUCCCUGCAGGCAACUCCCACACCCACGCUGGGCGGCUGGCGCAAGUCCCAUGACGAGCUGCCCCAGUCACCGCGCCUGCCCUCCAGACACAGUUCACCCAUGUCCAGCCGCCAGGGAUCGCUGCGCAGGCGCAACAAGAGCGUGCCUCGCAACUCCUACGAGGAUUACGAAGAGCGUGCCAUUCCCACCCUGCGACAUUCAAAUACUAAUGAAUUUUUAAGGGAGUGCCAAGGUAAUGCGCUACUCGAGGCGGAUCCAAAUCGGGGACGUUCGCGUUUGAACGACCGCGAACGUCGCCAGGCUGCCCUACCCAUCCUAGUCUUUGGUAGUGAGCUGGUGGAGCAGUUCUACUCGCGUCAGUUUCAAGAUCGUGAGGACGGCUUGCUGCGUCUGCGCAACUUUCUGAAGGAGCAUGACCUGGUAGAUGCUUCGGGCAAUGAGCACGCCGCCAGUCCCAAUAAAGUGGCCCGCAGUGCGGCCCUGUUGCUCCAUCGCGCAGUGAGGGACGCCGUUUACUCCGUUUUUAGCCAAGCCACUGAGACGGUGAGGAUGCUGUUCCUAGAAUAUGUUCCGGGACGCGUUUCGCCUAACGAAGUGGCCCGCUGUGUUGACCGCCUGCUGCCGGAACUCCUGGCCAAGUCUGGUGAUCCUUCGGCUCGACUACACACCCUCGCUCAACACACGAUCCUCAGCAUCGCCGCCUGUCCGGAGGUAGCUGAGCAGCACCUGGUUGCACCAGCACUGUCGCGAAGUGUUGGAUCUGGAACCCACCAGCGAUUGGCCAUGAGUCGGCUGCAGAUGCUGGAGCAACUGGUGCACACGCAGGGCAUCAGUACGGACAAGCACAGUGGACUAACCUGCAGGGCACUAUCCGAGUGCGGUUGCUCUGGCAUUCAUCAUCCAGCGGAGCCUGUACGUAAGGUGGCCGAGCGCAUCCUGCUGCUCGUCUACAAGGUUAACCCCCGAUUGGUGCGCAAGCAAUUGCCUCCAGAUGACGACAUUACGCGACGCAAUCUCUUGUACCGACAACUGUUCACCGAGUUUGAUAAGUUGGACCUGGACCGCAAGCAAGAGUUACUAGAGGCCAACAAAUACGCAGGAGGUCAUAGUUCAGGGGAUGCGGCCACGCCGCCGGCGGACAAGGCAUCAACAAGCUCGGAUGCUUCUCGACUGAUGAACAGCCGGAGUGGACAUGGUCUGGGUUCUGUUUCUAACGCCAGUAAUGGAUAUGCAAGUUGUAAUGGAAAACAGCAGUACAAUGAGCAACUUAAGCGCUCCAUGCUAUCUGUGUCAAACUCUCGCAAGGGAUCCGCUUCGAACUCAGAGUCUACUGAAGACAACGGUCCCAAAAUUCGUUGCCCUUUUUGCGACUGGUCGUGUGUUGGUAGCGAUGCUAGCCAGUUGGACAGACACUACUGGAAGUCCUGUCCUUUUCUCACCAAGUGCCCACAAUGCAGCCAAGUGCUGGAGGUAGCUGCCCUCAACUACCAUCUGACUACGGAAUGCGAUGCCAAGGAAAGCUAUGUAGUCUGUGCCCGCUGCACUGAAUCGGUGCACAAGCAGCUAUACGAGCUGCAUCAAAUGGAGGAUUAUUGUCGGGAACUAAAAACGGGAGCGGCUCGAUGUCCCUUGUGUCAUGACGAUGUGCACUUGCCUCAGGAUGGCGGUUGGAAAUUGCAUCUCCUUAGUGCCGGUGGUUGCCCCGGGAAUAUACGCAAAAAGAAUCUAAAAAAGUCAAAUUAGGCACCGCAUAUUUAACCGAUCUAUUGGCAUGCGUAGCGAAUUUAUUAGAGCAACUAUACUAGUCAGGAGACGUACUCAAAGGAGCUAACUAAUUGCAUUCGCAUUAGCCAUAACCGUUCCGUUUAUUAAAAAAAUUUUUUUGCUCACUCUCCACAUUUCAUUUAGACACAUUUUGUUAAGCGAAUUAGUUAGAUUAAUUUAUAUUAAAUUAUUUUGUAAUUUUUGUAAGCAAUGUGAUUUGUUAACUAGAACACGAAUUUUUGAAACGUCCUUACAAUAAAUAAAGCCCAUCCAUACAGUUUUGAACAUAAA